AAUGGCAACCCACUCCAGUGUUCUUGCCUGGAGAAUCCCAGGGACGGCGGAGCCUGGUAGGCUGCCGUCUAUGGGGUCGCACAGACUUGGACACGACUGAAGUGACUUAGCAGCAGCAGCAGGGAGUUUCUUUACUACACGGUCAGUUUUUAUAACUGUUCUGCAGACUUUGGGAAAGGAUGAUCGCUCUUUAUCGGGCGUUGACUUUAAGAGUCAGCUGUUGAGCUGGACCUGUGGUGGCAUCCGGUUUCCCGUUUGGUAUUUCCCCCACUAGCCAGGCUGUUGAAUUUGAGAGACUUGUGUUAAAAAUCCCACAUCAUUGUGGUUAUGUUAAAAUCUUACAUCAAGUGUGGAAACGUCUGUUUCUAGCAGUUUUGCUUUAUUUAGUACUUUCUGAGUCCGUGUGUCUUACAGGUGUGUGACUGUCCUGUGUCCUUUAAGAUGUUGGGUCCUUUCCAUCAUAACAUGCUCGCCCUGGCCCCCGCACCUCCCUUGCCUUGGGUCCUGUGUUGCUGUGCCCUUCACAGCUGCCCUUCUCCUCCUGGUGACCCUGCUUCAGGGGCCCAGAAUGGCCUUUUGAUCUUGACCUUUUGCAUUACUUGUAACUGCCUCGUAUGAACACUGCAUCCUGGAUUUAGAGUUUUUGUCCAAGCCCACUAGGGAAUUUCUGGAGUAGGAAAUGGCAACCCACUCCAGUAUUAUUGCUUGGAAAAUCCCAUGGACAGAGGAGCCUGGUGGACUACAGUCCAUUGGGCCACAGAAAGCCGGACACGACCGAGCGUCUGAGCACUGGGGAAUUUAGCUUCCGUCGUGUAAUCUAUACUCAAGGCUUCUCAUUUUCUCCCAGCUUUUCUUCGUUUCCCUACAUUAAAUGCCCCAGCCACUUCACACCUACCCCAGGCUGCUGGCAUAUUUGUCUUGAAUUUUCCGAGUACUUUUAGGCUUACGGGUUUCUAUUUUAGGAAUAAUUAGUGUCAAAGUUGCACUCAAAUCAAGAUAAGAUCUUUUACUAUGCAUGUAAUUUAAUCCUCAGUUCUGAUAUGUUUUGUUUUAUUAAAAAAUAUUUACAAAUGUUAGUAGUUAUACUUCUAAGAUAUAUGUUUUUUUCCCAUAAUCAAAUCACCCCCAAAACUCCAACAUACCCACAGUGGAAGUGGGUGAAGCUCCAGACUGCCUAGACCCCGUGACUCUGCCAUGCGGGUUGUACAGUGUCUUUUGAAGGGGUUAAGUGGUAGUAACUGCCUGCUAUCAGCCUAAACCAGCCAGCUCUCUCAUCAGCAAAGGAAGUGUACUUGGGAGUGGCAGAGGACACGCUGUGGCCGGCUGGCCGUGCGCGGGUCCUGCAGGCAGUGGAGGGGAGCCUCACUGGGCAGACGGGAGGAGGAGGCUGGGCGCUUUGAGGGUCUGUUGAGGACGGCGAGGGUCGGGGGGGCGGCUGCUUCCCCUUGGCCAGGCUCCCUUCCUCGUCGUGGGGCCAGCGCCUCCCUGCCCCGGGUGUACAGCAAGCAUGGGGGAGGCGUGUGCGGGAGAGCGCCCCUGCGGGGCUCCGCCUCAUCCCCCGCGGCUCCCCUGCUUGUUUGCUCUCUUGGCUGCGCUGUUGGCUGUUGGGAUCGGCUGGAGGUGCCACUCCCGCCAGUCUUGCCGUCAGAGCAGAGAGGGCCUGCCUGGAUCCCGUGGGCCUUGGGGGACCCAUGCUGCUUCCAGGCGGCCAGUCUGUGUCCUCAGAAACCUUCCCUGGUCCUUUCUGCGAGCCAAGGCUGACAGGAUGGAAGAGCUGCCUGUAGGAUCUCGGGGCCGCCAGGGGCCAGAGCCACCCCCAAGGCCCUCACAGACGCAGCCAAGCCCAGGAGGACGGUGCUGGGUGCUGGUCAGGGCCAGGGUCUCUGCUGCCGCUGCUUGCGCUGCAGUCGGACACGUGAGGGGAGCCGGCCAGCCCCUUCUCUGCUGGGCCUCCCUCCUGGAGCCUGCUCCUCAGGCCUCCACCAUGCCCCGAGAAGCACAGGCUUGCUUGAUGAUUGUGUCCAAAGGAGGUUUCAGCCCAGGACUCGGUCACAGAACCCCAGAUGGUUUCCUCAUUAUCUGUGGCAGGCCUGACAGCUAGCCAGGUUGGUUGCUCAGCUGGUUCUGUCCGUUCUGUGACGCUUGGAGCCCGGAGCAGCGCGGGGAAGGUGCUGGUAAGCACAGAGAGGGCGCGCGUACGGGUGGCUCCCAUCCCACCCAGCCAGGCUGGCCUCCCUCAGCGAGAGGGAGACGUUCACUUAACAGGUGUGCACACACACUUACAGACAAGAAGGCAGAAGGUCUAAGCUGCUGUUCCACAAGAGUAAAUGCAGAAAAUGAAUGUACCCCUGCCUGUACAUCCCACGCUUUGCCCACCUGCUGGAGUUUGGCGAAAAGAACCAUGAGGUGUCCAUGACGGCCCUGAGGCUGCUGCAGAGGAUGAAGAGGGACUGGAUGCACACGGGCCGCCGCCCCUCGGGGCUCUGCGGGGCAGGACUGUGGUCUGGGCUCCCCUCUGGCUGGCAGGUGCCCACAGACGACCCUCCUGCUGUUCCCGACACCCUGGGACCUGGAGCCACCCACCGGCCCUCGCUGUCCCUCCCGGCCCCACAGGCGCUUCUGGUUGCAGCCAGGAUGCAUGAUUUCCGGAGAACCGUCAAGGAGGUCAUCAGCGUGGUCAAGGUGUGCGAGUCCACUCUGCGCAAGAGGCUCACGGAGUUUGAAGACACGCCCACCAGUCAGCUGACCGUGGACGAGUUUAUGAAAAUUGACUUGGAGGAGGAGUGCGACCCCCCGUCCUACACGGCUGGGCAGAGGAAACUGCGGCUGAAGCAGCUUGAACAAGUCCUGUCGAAACAGCUGGAGGCCGUGGAAGGUGAAAUAACCACCUACCAGGAUGCCAUUGAGAUUGAGCUAGAAAACAGUCGGCCCAAGGCCAAGGGGGCGCUCGCCAGCCUGACGAAAGACGGCUCCGUUGAGGACUCCACGUCCAGCUUGUGUGGAGAGGAGGACACCGAGGAUGAGGAGCUGGAGGCCGCGGCCAGCCACCUGAACAAGGACUUCUACCAGGAGCUGCUCGGAGGCGGUGUCCCCGGCGGCUCGGAGGCAGCGGGGGUCCCCCAGGAGGGCAGGAGGCCCCCGGCCCUGGAGUCCCUGCUCGGGCCUCUGCCCACGGCGGCCAGCCUGGGCAUCUCGGACUCCAUCCGAGAGUGCAUCUCCUCCCCGAGCCACGAGCCCAAGGAUGCCUGCGGGGACGGGGAGCUGGACCUGAGCGGCAUCGACGACCUGGAAAUCGACCGGUACAUCCUGAACGAGGCAGAAGCCCGCGUGAAGGCUGAGCUGUGGAUGCGGGAGAAUGCCGAGUACCUGCGGGAGCAGAAGGAGAAAGAAGCGAGAAUUGCAAAGGAGAGAGAGCUGGGUAUCUACAAGGAGCACAAGCCCAAGAAGUCCUGCAAGCGCCGGGAGCCGAUCCAGGCCAGCACGGCCGGGGAGGCCAUCGAGAAGAUGCUGGAACAGAAGAAGAUCUCCAGCAAGAUCAACUACAGCGUGCUGCGAGGCCUGGACGCCGGGGGCGGCCCGCCCGGGGAGGACAGCCCCCCUCCCCGGGAGCACGGCCCCUCACCCGGGGAGGACACGGGCCCCCAGGGGGAGGCCGCCCGGCCCCCGGAGUGGACCAGUGCCCGGAGGCUGUCACGGCGGAAGACGUCUUCCAGGAGAAGCCGGCCUGACCCCUCGACCAGCGCAGGCAAAAGGUUGAGGCCGUUGGUGUCCACGCAGCCGGCGAAGAAGGUGGCGCUUGGAGAGGCUUCACUCCCGAGCGCCCGCUCCUUGGAGGCCGAGCGUGUCAGGCCUGCGGUGGUCGUGGUGGAGAGCGGGCCUGUGUCCUACCAUGCGGAGGAGGACGCGGAGGAAGAGGACGCAGAGGAGGAGGACGGGGAGCCCUGCGUCAGUGCCCUGCAGAUGAUGGGCGGCAACGAUUACGGCUGUGACGGGGAUGACGACGAUGGCUACUGAGGUGAUCUCACGUCCGGCACGUCCGCUGGUGGCCCGCCACUGGCUCCCGAGGGUCUGACGGCCUCGGGUGAGCCCCCGGUGAGCAGCAAGACUCGGUGAUGAGACGGGCGCCCUGCUGCCCAGCGGCCCUCGUGCACAGCCGCCUGCGACCUCAUGGCCCUCGCUGUUGGGAUCCUGAUCUGAGCAACGUGAGGAGCGUGUCUGUUUCUCGGCACAGCUGGGUCAUGUGGCCCAGGAACCCUUGCUCUGCCGCAUCCUGUGGAGAGAAACUGCGGCCCAGGGAGGCCCAGCCACGUGUCCAGGCUCGUGGAGGCCCGGCGGGGUCUGGACCCUGCUCUGCCCCGGGGGCUGGGAGCCUGCGCCCCUCAUGUCUUUGCCGCGUCUGAGGGAAGCACUUUGUGUCCAGCUGACGCCCAUCCAGGCCCUCCCCGUUGUGCCCGGGACUGGGGACCCCGCAGAUGUGCACCGAAGAGCCCACAGUCUGCCCGGCCCCGCAGAGCUGCAGCACUGCUUGUCAGGCGCAUGCGCAGCUGUCUGGGCACCCCCCACUCGAGCUGCACCUGGGUCCCUGUCCUCAGAGGCGUGGCCGGCAGAGGCCCUCUGUUGGCGGCACUUGGAACCUCCUGGGCUAGCCUUGCUGCUGGAAGGCCCAGAGCACUUGCCCUGGCCUUGAGCAUGGCUGCGUGGGGGACGUCCACAAAGGGUCCACAGGGACUUCCGCCCCUCCAGGCCAGCCUCGGCCACCUGCCCCCACAGUGGCAGGGCCACAGCAGCCUGCCCCCAGGGCUCAGGCCCCGGUGGGCAGACCUCAUGGCGUCCACCCCAGAGGGCAUCACGGCUCACUGGGGGGUUUCGAGGCCCUCACUGUGCCCCUCGGCCAGGACCCCAGGGCACCUGGCAGGCUGGAGUGGAAGGUUGGCUGGUGAAACACAAAGAUCGUUGCUUGAGCCGAAA